CCUUUAACCAUUACCACCAUCUGCUUUGCUAACAUCCUAUGAGUGCUUUACAGAGGCUCAAAUUUAGUGCAGAAGUGCUGGAUGCAAUGGCUACCAGAAAGCCCGUCGUUGCGCUAGAAUCCACUAUCAUCACUCAUGGUCUGCCUAGAGGAGAUAAUCUCUCACUUGGAAGGAAACUGGAGAAAAUUAUAAGAGAUAAUGGUGCUAUUCCUGCUCAUAUUGCUGUCAUAGAUGGACAUCCCCUCGUUGGCUUGUCUGAUAAGCAACUCGAAAUACUAGCUCUCGACGAGUCACUCAAUCCGCUCAAAAUAAGCCGGCGAGAUCUUGCAGUCGCAUCUGCAUUGAACAGAAGCGGUGGUACUACGGUUGCUGGAACGAUCUGCCUAGCUAGUGCAGCUGGUAUCAAGCACUUUUGUACGGGCGGAUUAGGUGGUGUCCACCGUGGCGCUGAGCGUACGUGGGACGUUAGUGCAGAUCUCACAGAGCUUGGGAGGAGCCCAGUGAAUGUCAUCUGUGCCGGGGCGAAAUCUAUCCUCGAUACAUCACUUACAUUGGAAUACCUGGAGACACAGGGUGUCACAGUCGCAACUGUGGGAGAAACAAACGACUUUCCGGCAUUCUACUCACCAAAAUCUGGAUACUACUCUCCAUACAACCUUACACCAGUUGAAGCAGCGAGAGUGUCACUCGCUUCAGAUGGUUUGUCGAGUGGUGCAUUAUUUUGCUGUCCUAUCCCAGCGGAAUAUGCUGAAGAAGGUGCCCGGAUACAAAGCUCAGUCGAUCAAGCUAUCAAAGAGAGCCAGGAGGCAGGUAUCGCCGGUAAAGAGACGACACCGUGGUUGUUAGCGCGCGUUGCAGAGUUGACGAAGGGUAGCUCUAUCAAGAGUAACUUAGCAUUAAUCGAGAACAACGCCAAAAUAAGCGCAGAUAUCGCCGUCGCGUAUAACCAACUACAAAAGGGACAAGAACCAGAGCAGAAAGUGUAUCCAAUGGGACAUAUGAAAAAACCUGAUGCUACCAAGCCUGAAGUUGGCAAGCCACCUGUAAGACAGCCACCACAGCAAGUGCAAGAAGAGAAACAAACGGAUAUACCAGCAGAUGUCAUGAUCAUUGGUGCAUCAGCCCUUGACAUAACAUCGCAAUACAAGGACGUCGUUGGUGAAAACCCCCAAUCGACAUACCCAGGCGUCAUCAAGAUAGGACUGGGCGGUGUCGGACGGAACAUUGCCGAAGCGACGAACAGGGUUCUCCGCAAAAGUCCUAUUUCUUCUAUGUUGGUCACGCCAGUUGGAAGUGAUGAAUUUGCCGAAACGCUUAAGAGUGCAACGUCGAAACUCAAAAUGCGUACGGAUGGGUUUAUCAACACAUAUCACCCAACACCUGUCGUGAAUCUGCUACUCAACAGCGAUGGAGAGUUACGCGAGGGUGUUUCUUCAUUUGAAGCGGUGGAGAAGCUCACAUUUGACGAGGUUAAGAAAGUCCUUACGAAGCACAAGCCACAGUUGAUCGCUCUCGAUGGUAAUCUCAAUAGCAGUCUUCUCGCGGAUGUAAUGGCAUAUGCAGAGGUGAACAACAUCGACACCCUCUUUGAGCCUACAAGUGUUGCCAAAGCAACUCGCAUACUUAGUGGUAGUGGCAUACCAAAAUUGACUUAUGCUACACCAAAUAUUUUUGAAUUGAAAGCCUUAGUGGAGAGCAAGCAAUUUGGAGAACUGAGAGAAAUUGAUUCAUAUUGGGAAACUCUCAAUGGUUUGCGUUUAUUCCAAAACUUCAGAGACCAACUCGAACGCAACCUCCCAAAGAAUGUUCUAGAGCUAGGUUUGCCUCAGAUGUCAGUUAUGUUACUUCCAAUCUGCAAGAACCUCCUCGUUAAGUGUGGAAGUGACGGUGUCUUAGCAGUCACUCGCGUCAAACGCGAUGAGUUUGGUGACUGGAAGGACAUCAAAUCUGACAAAGAGGCUUCACGAGUUGUACAUCUCCCUAAUGAUGGUGAUGGUGUCGUCGUGCAACAUUUCAAAGCCUCCGUUGCAGAAAGGAUCGUUAAUACAACAGGUGCGGGAGACUCAUUCGUCGGUGCACUCAUUGCUGCAGUUGCAUCAAGAAAGGGUCUCACCGAUAGCGUAAAAUUGGCUAACGAGGCAGCUAUGCUCACACUUGGCUCACAGGAUGCUGUCAGCGCUAGGUUGAACUACCUCAGCGAUGAUUUGGAGUUGUAGAUAUUAAAUAUCAUUAAUAUUUCUUUAUAUCGUC